GCUGGGGGCCGGGCCGGGCCCCAUCGUGUCCGCGCUCUGACUCCUUCGCAGCGGGCGGGCGGGAACCACCUCUGAGCGGCGGUUGGUACCGAGAAGCGGAGGCGCCGCGGCGGCCCCCGGCACCGGCGGCCGGAGAUGUCCGGGAGGCUGGAGAAAGCAGAUUCCCAACGCUCCCACCUGACCUCAUUCACCAUGAAGUUGAUGGAUAAGUUUCACUCACCAAAAAUCAAACGGACACCGUCAAAGAAAGGGAAACCUGUGGAAGUAGCGGUUAAAACCAGCACUGAGAAAACUCCCAACAAGAGUUUAAACCGUUUGGAGGAGCAGGAGAAGGAAGUGGUGAGUGCGCUACGGUAUUUUAAAACCAUUGUGGAUAAAAUGGUGAUCGACAAAAAAGUGCUUGAGAUGUUACCGGGUUCGGCCAGUAAAGUCCUGGAGGCCAUCCUGCCCUUAGUACAGGUGGAUCCACGCAUUCAGCAGAGGAUGCUGCAGGUGAAGGGGUUGCAGACUGGCAACGUGCUAUCCACUAGUUCCGCCAUCACAUCUUGUUUAAACCAUGUGUACCAGAGCCUGGCCAAUCUCAUUCGCUGGUCUGACCAGGUGAUGCUCGAAGGCGUGAAUCUAGAGGAUAAGGAAAUGGUCAUGACUGUGAUUAAGGCCGUGCUGGAUGGGGUUAAGGAGCUUGUGAAACUGACGAUAGAGAAGCAGGAACAGCCAUCGCCCACCUCUCCCGUGAAACCCAGCCCACUAGCAUCCAAAACUGACAGCUCCACAGAGCUUCCACUGACAGAGCGAGAGAAGGAGAUUCUGACGAAAACCACGCCCAUGACACGAUCGCUGGAGCUACUGCCAGACUCUGCAGAUGUUGAGUGUGCGCCUCCCAAACCCCCGCUGCCUGGCAUUCGAAACCUUGACCACAGCAGCAGCCCUGUGUUACCGCCCUUACCGCCCAAGAAGAGGCAAUCCGCACCCUCCCCGACCAGAGUGGCAGUGGUCUCUCCCAUGAGUCGAGCAGCGAGUGGCUCCAGUUUACCCAACAGCAAACAGGACUUUGACAGCUUGGAAUGUCUUCUGCAGAGACGGUUCUCCGGUGGCAGCCACUCCUACAGUGGGGAGUCGCCUCGGAUGUCCCCCUGUAACAGCAUGGGGAAGUUCAGCAAGUCAGACGAGCAGCUCUCCUCGCUGGACAACGACAGUGGCCAGUGCUCCCAGAACACCAGCUGCGAGACGCUCGACAACACGGAGACCUACGACCCUGACUAUGACUUCCUACAUCAGGAUCUUUCGGCCACCGACCAGGUUCCCCAGCACCCGCCGGGAACUCUCAGCCCUUUGCCGGAGUCAGCGGUCGAAUCCAGUUCUCCUCUUCCCGGACAGACCUUUCCUCCCCCGUUCGGUGUUUGCCAAACGCCAGACUGGCGGCAGAUGUCGCAGGCUGCCGUCCCCUUGCAACAGACACAGGCGCCGCCAGCCUUGCCGGAGAAGAAGCGUCGCAGCGCUGUGUCCAUCGGUUCGUCGGACAGUUCGGGGUCGCGGGCGUCUUACAGUAGGUUGCCGUCUCAGUACGACAAUAUCUCCGAGGAGGAGCAGCAGCUGCAGAACCCGACACACGGUUUCACCCCGUUCGCGAUCGUGUCGCCACAGCAGCACGGAGUUCCCUCCAUGCCACCCGGUUUCCAAGAGGCCGAUCCGUCAGAAUUGUCCAGGAUACCAGAGAAACCCCCACCACUCCCAGAGAAAAAGAGCCGUCACAUCCUGGCGUAUAUGCAGUUUGUGGAGGAUUACUCGGAGCCACAGCCGCACGUCUUUUACCAGACUCCGCAGAACGAGCACAUUUACGAGCAGCGCAACAAACGCUUCCAGGAAGUCUACGGAUUCAACGACUCCUUCAGCAGCACCGAUUCUUCCUCCCAGGAGUUUGUGCCACCUCCUGCCCUGCCACCCAAACAGAGGCAACUGUUCAAGUCGGUCUUUAGGUCCUACUCACAGGACUUUGUCCCUCACCAUCACGCCUCUCCUUCUCUCUGCACUAUCUCCUCACACUUUGCAGUUGUGCACCAGUCCAGGAGCACCGAACUAACUUUGCCGGGCGCUUCAGGUGCCGUGAAAGCUGCCGAACGCCUGGACCUCUCUCACGAUACCGCAACGCCUGCUCCUGUCUGCCUCCCUCCUGAAUCUGCUUUUCCCAUCUUGCUUCCAACUUCUUCGAGCGAGACCAAUAGCGAAGAUGCUGGUGAGGGUGAAUAUGUCAAUCUGUAUUCGUCCAGCCAAACCAACGGGGACCUCUCUCACCCUGAGGCAGAAGUGCCGCUGUGUGCCAACACUGAGCCUGCGGAGUCUGAGAAUGCACAAGAAGUCAACCAGGACGACUCUGAGACGAUGGGGGGUAGUGAAACGGGAAAACAGGAUGGAGAUGACAGGCGAGCAAAAGCCCUGGAAUCGGCAGAUUCAGGUCAGUGUGAAGAAGAAGUGGACGAGCUGUCGCUCAUCGAACACGAGGAAAUCAUGUCUCGGCUGACACUCAAGCAGGAGGGAGAAGACGGGCCGGAAGUGCGAGGAGGCUCAGUGGACAUCCUGAUCGUACACGCGACCGAGACUGACCGCAAAGACCUGGUCCUUUACUGCGAAGCAUUUCUCACAACGUACCGAACGUUUAUUCCACCGGAGGACAUCAUCAAGAAGCUGCACUAUCGAUAUGAGACGUUUUGCAACUGUCCUGACACGUUCAAGAAGCGAGUGAGCAAGAACACUUUCUUUGUGCUGGUGCGAGUGGUGGACGAGCUGUGUCUAGCGGAGUUGUCUGACGAGAUCCUGAAGGUGCUGAUGGAGCUCGUGUUCCGCCUGGUGUGCAGCGGGGAGCUGAGCCUGGCCCGGGUUUUACGCAAGAAUAUCCUGGACAAAGCGGAGCAGAAGAGGAUUGUGAGGGUAUUGGCUCUGAUGAAGCCACUGGCUGCUCGAGGGGUGUCAGCCAGGCCGGGGACACUUCAUGACUUUCACAGUCACGAGAUCGCUGAACAGCUCACGCUCUUAGACGCUGAACUUUUCUACAAGAUUGAGAUCCCUGAGGUUUUACUCUGGGCCAAGGAGCAGAACGAGGAGAAGAGCCCCAACCUGACACAGUUCACUGAGCACUUCAACAACAUGUCCUACUGGGUUCGGUCAAUAAUCAUUCAGCAGGAGAAAGCUCAGGAUCGGGAACGGCUCCUCUUGAAGUUCAUCAAAAUUAUGAAGCACUUACGGAAAUUGAAUAAUUUUAAUUCCUACCUGGCGAUCCUCUCCGCGCUGGACUCCGCUCCAAUACGGAGGCUGGAAUGGCAGAAACAAACCUCGGAGGGUCUGGCUGAGUAUUGUAUGCUCAUCGACAGCUCCUCCUCAUUCCGUGCAUACCGGGCUGCGCUGGCUGAGGUGGAACCGCCCUGUAUCCCGUACCUGGGUCUCAUUCUGCAGGACCUGACCUUCGUGCACCUGGGAAACCCAGACUUCAUCGACGGAAAGAUCAACUUUUCCAAACGCUGGCAACAGUUUAACAUCCUGGACAGUAUGAGACGCUUCCAGCAAGUCCACUACGAACUGAAGCGAAAUGACGAGAUCGUUAGCUUCUUCAACGACUUUGGCGAUCACCUGGCGGAGGAGGCCUUGUGGGAACUGUCGCUAAAAAUCAAACCACGCAACAUCCAACGGCGGAAAACAGAGCGGGAAGAGAAAACCUAGGGGCUGGGACGAUGGUCGAGUCAGAAGCUUAGGUGGCAGCUAAUGGACCCAUUUAAGCGACCCUUUACCUGACUGAGCUGCCGAAGCCAGUUGCCGAGGGGGCUUCACCUGCGGAGCUCUGACGAGAGUAGACGGCGACACCGCUCGAGGGGAUUCCUUCACCCGCUACAUCACCACCCGCCACAGUCUCCUCCCCGUCAUCCUUACGCUGUCCAUCCAGUCGAGCCCGCUCGCUCAGCCCCACAUUAACCCACAGACCCACAUGGGCUUCACAGACGGAGAGAGAGAGAGAGAGAGAGAGAGACUCCUUUGGGAAAACUGUUUGACAUUGUGUAGGUACAAAGGUUCGACAGUGGACUGACUUCUCUUGUUUAUAGAAUAACAAAUAGCGGUACUAGCAAUUGCACAGGUAACCUUAAAUCUAACUGUACUGUAGGAGACAGACUGGCUGGUUGUAAAUACUAGCUCUCUAGUUUGAUGUGACGUUAUUGGAGUUUGUUUUGCAUGAGUGUGACAGAACGCCAGGAAAUCGGGAUUUGUCCGGAAAAAAACAAUGGAUUGUACAUUGAGGAGGCUGCGGAGAGUUCAGCCGGCCCGGGGCUGGGGCAGAACCCAGACUGGUCACAGACUCAAACCUCUGCUCUUGCAGUUUGCAAAUCUCCAGCGUGGAAAUCUGCAUUCAGGGUGAGAAGCGGUGAGAAGAAUUGAUCGGAAAUCUUCCCCCCCGGCUUUUAUUGCUGUUAAAUAUUAAGGAGCAGCUCAGCCGGCCAUUUGAACGGUGGGAGGAACGGAGGUUUGCAUGUGCAACUCCUCUGAGGACGAUCCGAGGCUGUUGGGGGCGACCUGUCUGGCUUGGAGUUUGAUUAUUCAGCCCUUUAAAUGAUAGUCAAAUGAAUUGGCUUCCACAUGCAGGACCCAGACUGUGUGCCCCUGAUCCUGCCAGCACCUCCCUCCCCCGAGCUGUGAGACACAACGGCUCUCCGUGCUGCGAGGCUGGGCAAAGCGGAGUGCCUUUGAUCCACUUUAAAACAAUGAUUUGUUCAGCAGCAAUCCCCUCUCCACUUUCCCGCAACAAAAAAACAAAACGCUUUUCAUUCUACGCCAUGACUCCCAGUAAGAUAUUCCCUCCCACCCUCCCUGCAGCACUUUAUAACAGAUAAAGAAUCCGAUCACACGUAGUGCGUGGCAAUGCCGGGCUGGUUCAUUUGUUUUAAACCCCGUUUUGUUGUUUUUCUCUGAAUGUUCUCAAAAUUCCCACCUUCCAGGAGCCCGUGUGCAUUGGGGAGCUCCCAGUCACACGGAGAGUGUCCUGGCAGGGGUAGGAAGCCUUUAACCCUUUCACUAACACAGACGUACGGAACUGAAUAUAUCUCAGACGGUAGUUUUAGAGCAUUCAGCCUUACUUAACGUGUCACCUGUAAUUUGGUGAGUGCUAAAAUCACCGUUGAACUCAUGAAUAGCCCAGCAGUUAGUGUAAGUGUGUGUGGGUGAGAUUACAGCGCGUUUCGGCAGUGAGUCCAGUGUAUUUUGUUCCGACACAUUCUCUGUUCUCCACAGUUUGCCGCUAUUAUCUCAUUUUUUAUGUAUCGUAUGAACUUUCAAGGUUGGAUAAUGUCCUCAGUUUACGGUCCCAUCAAUUUCACAGCAGACUUUUGGUCAAAUAUAAAGCUACAUGUAGAAAAUUCACAACGCAAAAGGCUAUUAUGUAAACACCGGGGUGCUGGGUUAGUGCAGCCUGGGUGGAAACGUCAUAGGUCUUCAAGUCAGUCUAUCUCUCAAAUUGACUUAAAAGUGUUUUGAAUUGAAUGUCAAACCUGCACAGGGAACGUGUUUGUUCGCACCAUGAUAAAGAGAGUUCAAAUGGCACCAUUUUGACAUCUGUCACUGACCCAUAUUUGGGGGAAACGCAUGUGGAAGCAAAUAAUGUUUUGGUUUCAGGGACAAGUGAUACAGAAUAACGUGAUGGGAUCAAUCUGUUUGCCUCUCUGAAUAGUGAGACCGGAAAAAGUCUGACUGUCAAACGGGUUUUGCUUCCGAGGUCAGACCAGUCAGUGAGCUGCUGGUUACAGAUGGCCCGAAGGUGUUUUGGUUUAGUUGGAAUGAAAGGUUCAGUUACUUUACCGAAACUAAACUGACUAAUUAGUUUUAAUUGUCGGGAUUUUGUUAGUUGCCCUAAUCAUACUGGAAUCAGUAGGAAUUGGCUUCAAGUAACUUGCACGCGGACAAAGUUGCCAUUAUUUUUAUUGCCAUUGUUUUAAGAUUGCCGUGGAGCUCUUGCCGAGCCACCGUGUUUCCAUUCGUUCGUCAGCGAUUCUGUCAGACCCAGUGCCGAGGUCUCUUUUCCCCCCCUUCUUCCACCCAGUACACCUCCAAAUAGAAAAUAAAAAUCAGGCUUUUAGUCUGAAUGUUUAAUGGAAAUUAUGGAACUGCAAGAUUGAAGGCAUUACUUCCACGGGCUGUAUUGCAGAACAGAUAGACGAUAAUGUCUCCACUGCACACAAUUCUGCCUCCUGUUCAGUCGUGAACAGUUCAGCCGAGUAAGAUGUGGAUGGCCACCGUUUUAUUUCAGAGGAAACCUGAGGAGUUUGCAUUGUGUGGAUUCAAUAUCGCAUAAACUUUGUAAAUAAUCACUUUCAUUGUCCGUUGCAUGAGGUGUUCUGAAAUCAAUAUAAUUGAUUGCUGUAAUCAAUUGUUACUCUUAUUAACAGACCAAUGGAAAGGCAUCAUUUCUGUGGCUCUCUCGGAUUUGAUGCUCAUUGUUCCUGCAAAAAUGUGUUGAUUGUAACCUGAUGGAUCGUCUCAAUUCUGUGGAAUCACUGACUUAUUGUUGCCCCUUCAUUUCCUCCUCCUCCCCCGCCCCCCCCAUUACAAUCUUGUCUUUGCUGAUUCCUGGCCUCAGUGUUCACAGUUGUCUAACGGCAGUUUGUGUUCCCCAAACAUGUAGCAAUCCCUGUCCUGCGGCGAUGGGCCAGGUUCAUUCAAGUGAGCGGUAAAGCUCCUCUUUGCCUGCCCAGCAACCUGCCUGACACUCAUAUUGACGGAAAUGAGUUCAGAUGCCGGUUGGCCGUUGAGAACUGAUUUUCUUCACAAGAACACAGCACUUUACCGACACAACUACAGGCAAUAGGUCAUCUCGGUGAUAACCUGCUGUUAGUUAGUUUGUGGAUAGACAGUUAUUGGAGAAAUGGUCCAGACUGGCACCAAACAACCACACAGAGUGUGGUGCGAACUCUGUAGUUUCAUUUCCUACUUUGCAUCAUGUUCAGCGAUUUAAAAGUGUGUUGUUUGCCCUCACACACACCCCCUCACCUCGAGGCUGGAUGGCCCCCAGGUGAAUUGAGUCUGUCCGGACUCUGUCCGGAACGGUAGCUGAGCUUGGCUCAGUCGAUAGUGAGCUCAUCUCUGAAGGUUGUGAUUUGAGACCCCACAUGGGACUGUAAGGUCACGGUUGAGGCUGACGCUCCAGUGCAGUGUUGGGGGAGUGCCGCAUUGUCCGGAGGUACCGUAACUUAAUGAAAUGCCAGAUGCUGCUUUCUGCAAAAACCCAGCUGAAGUAGGAGUUUUUAAAAUGAUUAAUACAGCCUGUGUUUAUUUUGCGCUCAGUUUUCUAAAAAUCUGUGAUGUCCAUGACAUCAACAGGUCAUUGUUUAAUCUAGGCCGAGCUCCUGUUUAAAUCAAAGCAGUAAAAUGGUGUGAAAUGAGGGGACACGUUUAUGCUGAAUGUGAGCAAGCUGCUUGGGCUAUUGCCAAGGCACAGUGUUGUCAUUGUUGACCUGUUUUUUAUUUUGGACACGUUUGUGAUUGCUCAUGUAGAUAUUAAAAUGAGUGUUUUUUUUGCCUUGAAUGCUUUUAAGGCUGUUGUCGGGAGGCCAGCCUUCACCGCAGUGUCACAGCCUAACAGGCUUGAUUCCCUCCCCCCCCUCCUCCCUCGCCCGCUUUCUGUAUUACUGUAUAUUAUUACAAUGUUGUGUUUCCCGCAACCAUUUCAAAUGUGUAACUUUUUAAAAAUAAAACCUAACCUCCAUGUUUACAGUGCAUGCAGCAGACUGCAGAUUAAAGAGACAAUCAAACUGC